AUGGCCCUAACCCAUCUCCUCUUCUCCUCUCCUUCAACUUUCCCCGCCAUUGUCAAACAACAAUCCCUUUACCCACUCCCAUCUCCCAAUCACAAGCUCACGCGCUUGCCAUCCCUGCCCUCGACAAAACCCACAAUUACCAGGAAGUCCCUCCUCGCCCCCAAAUCCAAGGGCGACGACUCCGCCGACGCCCCCGACCGGAUAAUCUCGGCCGUCACUUACUUCUACCCCUUCUUCGACGGCGUCCAGUACGGGAAAUACGUUAUCACUCAGUUCUCCCCGCUCCAGGCCCUCGUCCAGCCGUUGUUCCCCGCCAUUAAAGUCUUCAAGAGCUUCCCCUUGAAUGGCCUUCUGGUCUUCUUCACUCUUUACUUCGUGGUCGUGCGGAAUCCCAACUUCAGCAGGUACGUCAGGUUCAACACGAUGCAGGCUAUAGUACUUGAUGUGCUCUUGAUUUUUCCUGAUCUUUUGGAGAGGGGUUUUGAUCCCAAGGACGGGAUGGGUUUGGAUUUGAUGAUGAGCUUUGAUAGCACUGUGUUUCUGUUCCUCUUGGUUAGCUUGAUUUAUGGCUCGGCUUCUUGUUUGCUUGGACAUGUUCCUAGAUUGCCCCUCGUAGCCGAGGCUGCCGAUAGGCAAGUCCUUUGA